AUGUCUGUAGGGAUUCUGAUUGUUGGCUUAUUCACAGGGAUGUUUCUAAGCUCACCAGAGAUGGAGCUGCCAACCUUUGAGCCUUUAGCUGCAGCAGGUGGAGUGAUGUUUCAACUUGGAAACUCUAUGUGCCCCUACAUCAUCAAAUUGAUUGGUUUGGGCUUGGGCCUCACGAUUUGGGAUUUGAGCAACAUGCUCAUGGGAUGGUUCACAGGCUACUUUGGCCUGUUUGGCAUGGAAAAAGAGCACGAUGUGGAGAUCCCAGCCAUGAACUUUGUCGGUUUGGUGCUGGCGUCUGUCUCCCUGGUCUUCUUUUCCCUUGCGUCCGCCUUUGAUGGCAAAACGCAGCCGCAAGAUCUUGCGGCCAAGGCCAAGGAAGACAAGGCCGAAACGGACCCUGAAGGCAGGCCUGGCUGUGGCCCGUCUUUUGGUGGUGAAACGGCCUCCAAUCAUCCCUCGCAUCCCUCGGCUGCGAAUGGUGACGGUGGUGACGGUGGUGGCGGUGACGGUGAUGGCAAGGUUGACAGCAUGGAGCAGCCUCGUCAGUCUCAGUGCCGUUUCUCGGCAAUGCUGGGUUUCUCCAUGGCAGUUGCAGCUGGUCUUCUUUUCGGAGCAACAUUUGAUCUUCCCAUGGAUCUGAAGAAUGGAGAAUUUGGGGAAGCUCAUCGCCAUGACAUCCUGUACUACGUGUUCAGUCAUUUCCUGGGAAUCUUCUUCACAGCUAUAGCUUCCCUUGUGGUCUACAUCGCAGUGAAGGGAAAGAAAAGUCACAUGCCAGGCAAGCUCAUCUUCCCUUCCAUUUUGUCGGGUCUGAUCUGGGCCGUUGGGAUGGUUGCGUGGUUUCAAGCCAAUGUGGAAUUGGGCUACACAGUGGCCUUUCCCAUUGUUGGAAGCCUUCCAGGAAUCAUCGCCAUUUUCAUUGGGCUUUGCUUCUUGGGGGAGAUGCAGACACGACGCAGCCGCAUGUGUGCCUUGAUCGGAAUGCUGCUGAGAGUACCAGGGGUGCUUCUCAUUGCCCUUUCAACGUAUUAA